CUCAGAGCCUUUGGCUCCAUCGGUCGCUGCGUCCUGGUGUCCAGUGCACACUGUGCAGAGUCUCCCCGCGUUGACAGCGAUGGGCGCAGGUGCAGGCACGCAGGGCGGCGACGCCCUGGGCGAGCUCUACCAGAGGGCGUCCCAGAAGGCCGAAAAUCGGCAGGCCGGGGCGCGGCUGGCCAGCGGCAGGGGCGGCGGGGUGGCGGGGCCCGGAGCGUCGAAGGAGGCCCCCGCGCAGCAGGCCCCCCACGCCCAGCCCGCGGUGCAGGCCACGGCGGUGGCGGGCGAGAACGAGGACGGCGUCGACGAGGCCCUCGUGCUCGAGCUCUCGAGGCAGGAGCUGCUCUUCCAGAAGUGCCUGCGCAAGCGCGCCGACAGGGAGCAGCAGCGGAAGAGCGACAAGCAGGCGCAGCGGGCGGCGCAGAAGGCGCUGAAGGAGAAGGCCCUGGAGGCAGCCUUCGACAACGAGGUCGACGCCGUGCUCUCGCUCUUCGACCAGGGCGUCGAGCCGGAGUGCACCGACGAGCACGGCAACACCCUGCUGAGCGAGGCAUCGGCCGGUGGCGCCAUCGACGUGAGCGAGGUGCUGCUGGGCGAGGGCUGCGACCCAAACUCGGUCGGCAGGUACCGGCGCACGCCGCUGUGGCGGGCCGCCUACGCCGGCCACUCCGAGCUCAUCAGGACGCUGCUGCGCGGAGGCGGCGAUCCGCGGGACUGCGACGCGGAGGGGCAGAGACCCAUUGACGUGGCCAGCAACCCGCUCUCCAGGGAGCUGCUCCUCUGCUGGGACACGUCCGGCACCGACAGGAUCAAGGAGAAGGCGGCCGAGGGGCGCGCGAUGAAGGCCAAGGAGGCGGAGCAGGCGGAGCGGCAGGCGCAGAAGAGGCAGGCCGACGAGCUGGACCAGGCACUCGAGGAGGCCGAGCGCAAGGCCCAGAUCGCCAGGAGCGAGCUGGCCCGCGCCAGGAAGCUGCUGGUGGAAUACCGCCAGCAGAAGGUGUCCCUCGCGGAGCAGGGCCUCCAGGAGAAGCUGCAGGAGCUGGAGCCCCUACUCGAGGCGGCGGAGGGCCGGGUAAAGCUGUUCGAGGGGGCGGCGCGGGACUGGGAGUGGAAGGUCUCGCGAGCCAGGCUCAAGCGCAGCGACUUCGACCAGCAGGAGCGCGAGAAGGCGGCCAAGAGGGCUGGGAAGGCGCAGGGCUUCCGCCUCCAGCUCGAGGUGGCGGCCAAGGCCGACCUGGAUCAGCUGCUGGCGAGGCUCAACGACGAGCUCGAGGUGAAAGAAGACGCUGAGAUCGGUGACGGCAAGCUGGAGCUCAAGAAGGGCGACUCCCUCAUCCCAGAGGGGCCCUUCAAGCAUCUCCACAAAAGUGAGUUCAACAAAAAAACCCUUGCACGGUACGGCCAGCCGCCAGCGGAGACGGAGGCGGCCGAGCCAGCCGCCCAGGAUGCGCCGCCGCUCUUCCCGAUUACGCUGGCCUUCAGUCGGGGCUUCAAUAGGACGAUCAAUAUCAGGGGCGUUGCCGACGUUCUUCUCAAAGAUGUGGGAGGACUCAGGCAAGCCGAUGGGCGCUGGCCGUUGGUCAUCGACCCUUCUGGCAGAACGUCCACGUUCGUGCGGUACACGGGCGCGGUGGUCUUCGAGCAGACGGAGCUGAAGGAAAUGGAUCCCCAGCGCUUGAGGCGGGCUCUGCUCAAGGGCCUGCUACACGGCGCCUGCGUCCUUGUGGACCUAGGACCUUUCGACUUCGACGCAGAGGCCGUCGAGGAGCCUUGGAACGCCUUGGAAAGGGGCCUAUUUGCCAAGCUCGUGGACCGCUCCGCCCUGUAUUCGUACCUGCUGCCGCGGCGUUUCGGGUCACUUAUCACACAGGACGUCGCGGCUGAUUUUCAGGUAGGUGCUUUCGUGGACGAGAACAUCUCGAAGUUUGUUUUCGGCUUCGUGACGAAGUCUCGUGAUCCGAGGUGGGCAUUCGCGAAGCAGUUCUACUCUAUCAGCGUGAAGGGUGCCGAUGACGAGGACGAGCCCGGCAGAUAGUAUGCUGCGAAGCAGCCCGCUAUCUUCAACCUCCUCCGCGCAGUUUCGCGUAGUUUCGCGACGUCGCAGUUUCCUCGAUAGUUGGGGGUGCAAACAAAUCCAGUUCGCCAGGG